UACUGUCACCAUCACCGCAAUGGAUUCAUAAAGUUGCUCACAUCGUAAGCCCGACCGACCGCCUCCACCCUUCCCCCUUUCUCUCAUGCAAGCUCAUAGCUUAGUCUAUGAGGAUAUACAAUGCCAGCAAGCUUUAUGCAUUCAAACUCUUAACUCUGAAUUAGUUUUGACGCCAUACCUAGCUCCUGCCUGACCUGGAGUCAAACGUGUCUUUAGCGAUCACUUCUGAGCACCAUGUUGUGCAACACACUUGUCGCUUCAGAUCAAGCAUUCAUUGACGCAAUAUUGACCAAACGACAAUUAUCGGCAACUGGUUUUUAAUGACUUAUUACUCUUCACCGCACUUAUCGAUUGCGUUUCGACUUGUUAGAUUUUUAGUUCUGCCGCGGAGUAUUUUUGGAGGAUUUUCGGGAGGCAUGCCUGGUGCCGUUCCAUGCGUGUCCCAUCCUUCCGAGUUAUUUUAACUGAAUGGGAACAGUGUUCCGAAUCGACUAGCAAACCAACAAACACAACGAUUACAUUCCGCCAGAACCACUGAUGCACCGUUACGGUAUUCGCAUCGUUCCAGUUUUCUGUCCACCGGGCUAAAACACUCAGCUAACGUGAUGCAGGUUUUAGGAAUAAAUAUACUUGGGAUAUUACUUCACGUUGCCACCCUGGCAAACGCGCAAAAUGUUGAGGACACGCGAAAUGGAGGAAGAGGACACAUAAACCUUGAUGAUCAGUACAUCCACGGAGAAGAACUCCACACACACCACCAAUAUAAUCAUGAAAGAAUAAAGAGAACAAUGGCUGAGCAGCCGCCCUUUUUACGAAACACCCCAUCAUCACACGCAUCAGCGCCGUCAUCACUCCUGACAUCGUCGUCGUCGUCAAGAUCAAAGUCCCCGCCGACGACGACGAACAGUAGAAAUCCUGCUUUUAGCGAACUGUUGGCGCAGCUGUUGGGCAGCGCGGAGGACGGCGAUGGUUCGCCGCCGGAGAGAGUGUCUCCGGAGAGGCUAGCUCUGUCGUCGUCAUCGUUGUCUCUGUCGUCGUCGAUUUCGUCGGCCCCGUCGUUACCAGGUGUUGCGUGUGCGUACUGUGUGCGAAGACCACGCCACGAUACUAUCGGUCAUGAUACUAACGGCGAUGAGAUACAACUCGAUGUAGGCACAUGUCGAAAAAGAAUCCGCAAGAAGCUUCGGAGCCAAGAUUCGUCUCGCCACCGAUGUUCAACGUGUGGCCCUUCUUACAUGUGCGUGCCGAGCAAUAGUCUCAUGGAGAGGGCUCAUCUACCGACGGGGAGCAGCGAACACCGGGUCAUCGUCAACUGCACCUGCCAAGAGCGCAGUCCGCCUCGGUGUGUGCGGCGACCUCACGUCGUCACCUUCUCGCCGAACUCACGCUACGAAACGUCCAUCGAUGUCGGGACAUGCGAAGGCGAUUGCCCGGGAGAAUCUGACAACUUUGGAUGUAAACCAGUCACCAACAAGACAGUGGCAUUUCGAGAUCCAAAUGGCGCCCGCACCGUCGAGACGAUACAAGACUGUGCCUGCACAUCCGGGUGUUUUCGGGCAACACAUAUGGAAUCUAUCUAUGCUCUAAAAUGGAAUUCUACAGCCAAUCAAACACAAGUCAUGUCUGUGGAUUUGGAUGUUGGUAAAUGCGUUGGGACCUGCCCUCCGUCUGAACACUGCGUCAUACCAGGAGAACGCGGAAUCUGUAUGAUGGCUCUCACAGUGCCCUCAACGUCGUGUAAUGCCAAGUCACGUCAGGAACACAUCUUCAUCCUCCCAAAUGGACGACGCCAUUCCAUCUAUUCCAUCACCGACUGCUCAUGCCCCUCAUCGGACAAGACAUAGCCAAUCGAAAUCGUUGCUUGUCGCUUGUUCUCCUAUUGGCGAAUCGGAGGGGUGCAUGAGACGGGUGCCCCCUCUACCCUUUCUAAUGGAGACGACAUUCUACUAUCAUCGGUCAAAACAUAGCCAGUAAGAAUGGUUGCUUCUCGAUUGUUCCCCCUUCGGCGAAUCCAGGGGGUGCAGGUGAUUCGUGCCCCUUCUAUUGGUUGUUUUAUUACAUGACAUUGUCUUCACUGAUUUUAAAGAUUAUUUUCUUCUCGCAGAGGGCAGUGAUUUUAUCUCCUUCAUGAAGCAAAGAUUUGAUUGCGCCCUCAACGCGUGGCAAACUUCGACUAAACUUCGUAUAUAGAUGGCUCUGGGCCUUGGCAUAGGUGCGUGUCACCUUUUCAACAAAAAAAAGUAUAAUGCCACCUUAACUAUUCAAAACUGCAAGUACAGACUUUCGCUUUCCCGGAACUAUCAAAACGUAAGAAAUAAGAUGUGCUAGUAUUAUUUGAAAGGAGAUACCUGAAAAAUCAAACCACUAAUCCCUACAACAGUUUGGUAAUUUAUGCAAAUUGAUUCAUGAUCACCUUGGAAGCCCCCGACGAAUAUUUGAACUGUUGGAUAUUUACAUUACCAGUGUCUAUUGGUAGGAAUAAUAUGCUUUACGUUGAAAAUAGUGUAAAUAUGGCGUUCUUGUCGAACAUUGUUAACAGAAUUUAGAGUAUAAUUUUCUCUGAAUAGAUUUAAAAUAUCAUUGAUAACUGUCGAAACAAAUCAAUUCAAUGUCAGUUGUAUUAGUUUAUGAGGUCAUAGGGUCAUAUGAAUUUGAUUGACAGGGAUCAUAAUUAUUGUUGUGCAAUUCCAUAUGUGAAUGAUGUGUAUUUGUGUGAAAGUGUUGAUGUAAUCCUAGCUGAGUAUAUAUAUAUAUAUAUUUAUUUUUCUUGUAUACUAGAAAUUGUAUAUUACUAUAUAUCUGCAUUAGUUUGCGUCUGUAUUGUACGAAUAGUAAUUUUGUUUCGAAUGGUUUAAGAAAAGAUAUGGAAUUUUAGAAUAACUGAAAUCUUACUUAGGCCUAUCUUCAAAUGAUUUUGUCAUAUAGUUAUUGUAUUCUUUCGUUUUAAAUAGAUUUUAAAAAAGCAUGGACUAGGCUAUUUUUAAUAUCAUAAUUAUAUUCAGCAGAAUAUUGUUAAGUUUCGGGUAUCAUGUAGGCUACAUGUCGUGUCACUUCGAUUGCGAUAUUCCCUGCGCCAAUUAAGAUUGUGAUAGCAAUGUGCUCAUGCUCCGGUAAUUUAACGCAAUGUUUGCACCGCGUGUCAAAGACCGUAUCGUCAUUGACGCAGCCCUGCGUUAGUACAAUGACACAGCGCUACGUCAAUGAAAUGACGUGUUGUGUGCAGCAGGCAUUAGGGACUUUUAGAUUUACACGACGAGAGCGUGGACUGCCGCGUAUGACAUUGUGUUAAGGCACUGGGCAGUGCCCGGCAGUGCCUUAAAAGGACGUCACAUUACCUUAAAAGGAUGUCACACGUGGCGGUAAAUCGAAAGUCACUAUUGUAAGUAGACAACUACAGUCGUACUCCUUCUCUAUUAUGAGCGCAUGUUGCUCAUGGUAAUGGGUAUGAAACGAUUUUACUCCUCAGCUGCAACGCUGUUUACCAAUAUUUCAUGUACUAAAUACAAUGGCAUUUGUCGUAAUAUCUUCAUCAAAUUACACUUAUAAUUCGUAAUUUUAUUACCAUUACAUACCUCUUAUCAAUCUGUUCGUCCACUUCAAGACUUAAUACCUCACUUUUGUAGCUAUUGUACAAGAUAAUCAGGGAUUUAUUUUGCCUGAAUGAUUUUAAUUAUGCCUUUGCAGAGCACUAAAAUGCAUCCGAAAUUGUGGUACAUAUUUUGGCUCAGCAUUCUUCACACAUAAAUUUAUUUAUUUAUUGUUAAGUUUUAUCAAGUUUUAAAGAAAGGAGUGUGUUCAUGAUAGAAGCUGUUUGCGCCAUAACUAAUAUAAGCAACUUCUCUUGCAUGACAAAAUUUGUUUGAGUUAGUAAGCUCCAGGGCCAGUUUCCCGAAAACAUUAUAAUCAUAGCUCUUGUAAGAACGACAGUUUUGAGAAAUUGCAUGGACCAGUCAUUUUUUUCGGACCUACGAUUUCUUGGGACUAGUCGAGCGACCAUGGCAAGUCAAAUAAUAUUUUCGGCUAUUUCAGCUGAGAAAGUCAUAAUAUAAGACAAGCAAAAUAAUUGCCGUCAACUCAUAGCACUAUUAAUCUCACGACUGUCGUAAGACUGGCUAUGAACAUUAUUGUGCUACUCGUGCCGACUGAUUGUGACAAAUCGUGACUGGUUGCGACCGUUCUUGGCCAUUUGUGCGACUAU